GCGCAGUCGCAGACCCCACGAGGACCAGGACCACAAACUCCCCAAUAUAAAUACACACCAAAAUUCCCAAAUUCAAAAUCUUCUUCAUCCGAAUAAUCUCCCAAACAGAUUUCGCAUUUCGUUUACCUUCCGCUUCCGGUUUCUGCAUCAUGGGCCACGCCACACCGGAACGCGGCGGCUCUGGCUCUGGCUCCGGCUCCGUCCUGGCGUCGCCGAAGCGGGCGGCGGCGACCUUGCUGAUCUCGCUAUCGACUCUGGUGGCUCUGUGUGCGAAGGAAGCGAACAGAGUGUCGAAGAAGCUUCAGACGAAGCUGAAAUCGAAGCAAUUUCCGCGUCUAGAAUUGCGAUCGCCGCAGGUCCGGCCGAAGCGGUUCCUGAAGAGCAUAAGCGACACGGCAAUCACGCUGAUGCAGAAGAACAAGAACAAGAAGACGAAGCGCGGCGGAUGCGAUGCGGAAGACGAGUGGGGAGACGGAGGAAUCUGGCAGAAGGCGAUCCUGAUGGGGGAUAAGUGUGAGCCGUUGAAUUUCUCGGGCGUAAUUUAUUACGAUAGUAAGGGGAAGCAGCUGAACGAAGUUCCUCCACGGUCGCCGCGUGCCAGUCCUCUGCCUUCCUAUCUCGCAACCGGCCAUCGCCAGGUAUACUGAAUUAGACCUAAAAGGAGCUUCAGAUUUCAAUUGGUUAACGUAACGCGGGGGUGAUUUCAGGUACGUCACCUGAGGAUGUGAUUGGAUUAUAGGAUAUGCCUUCGUUUUUAUUUUGGCCCUGGUUUUGCAAGUUUCUGUUUCUUUUGUACAGAGUGAGAGUAAUUUUGUUGUGCAUGUAAAAUAUGUUAUGUUUUGUUUUGUCUACUCAAGAGUAACAAUUGUCAAAGGAAUUCGCUUUACUAAAAUUAUCUCAUCACAGACAAUGAAAUCCCCAAGAAUUAGUAUGUUUGGUGAA